AUGUUCCUCACCAUGAACGGGUCGUCAAUCGCCGACAAAACCUCCCUCGACGCCGCCGACUACGAUCCCAUCGACCAUCUAAACCACCUCUUCGCCCACCCCUCGACCGUCACCUCCAUCGGCCGCGUCUCCGACACCCUCCAAAACCACAAGAAUGACCUCGCCGUCGAGAUCUCCGAGCUCGAAGUCGCUCAAGCCUACGGGCCCGACUCCAGCCUCGAGCGCAUGCAGUCCGCCCAGGCCGAGCUGGCCCAGCUCUUUCGCAAGAUCGAGACGGUGCGAUCCCGAGCCAUCCAGACCGAGCAGAACAUCACCUCCAUGACGGCCGACAUCAAGCGACUCGACGGCACCAAGCGCAACCUUACACUGAGCAUGACGGCCCUGAAGCGCCUGCAGAUGCUGACGACCGCGUACGAGCAAUUGAGGGGCCUGGCCAAGACGAGACAAUACAGGGAGUGCGCCAGUCUCCUGCAAGCCGUGCUGCAGCUUAUGAAGCACUUCAACAGCUACAGGAGUAUCGAGCAGAUCGCCACCCUCAGCAGGGGUGUCUCGGAGCUGCAGCGGGAACUGCUGGAGCAGGUCUGUGAGGACUUUGAGAUCGCCUUUGCCAAGGGGGAGGUCACGCAGCGCCGAGGCACUCUUGUUGAGGCCUGUCUGGUUAUGGAUGCAUUGGGCGACAUGGCGCGGUCACGUCUGAUGAACUGGUACGUCAACACGGAGCUGCGGGAGUACCGCCAGGUGUUCAGGGGCAACGACGAAGCCGGGAACCUCGACAACAUCGGCCGAAGAUAUGCCUGGUUCAAGCGCAUGCUGAAGACCCACGAGGUGGAACACGCCGCUAUAUUCCCUCCGCACUGGAGGGCCAACGAAAUGCUGGCCAUGGCCUUCUGCGACGGCACGAGGGACGACUUCAAGGGCAUCCUCGAGAGGAGCAUGCGGAGGACGGACGGGCAGAAGAUUGACGUCAACCUGCUCUUGAGCUGCCUCCAAGAAACUCUGGAUUUCGAGCAGGGCUUGGAGAAGAGUUUUGCAAACGAUCCGCGCGCCAGUAUCGACACCCUGAGCUCGGCGGACGACAGGGCGUCCAACUUCCACGGUUCCAUCUCUACUGCUUUCGAGCCGUACCUGAGCUUAUGGGUGGAAUCGCAAGACAAACAGCUUGCGGAUAUGAUACCAAAAUAUCGCAACCUACCCCUUCUUCCCGAGGACGAAGAAUUCUCCCGGCAGUCCGUCAUGACUUCCGCCAUCGAGCUCUUCCAUUUUUACAAGCUCACACUGUCACAAUGCGCCAAGCUGUCAACUAGCGACAGACUACUGGAUUUGUCCAAGAUCUUAGCGAAAUAUCUUGACGAGUAUGCGCAGCAGGUUCUUCUCCAUAUUCUCCAAAGGGCCGGACCUCAAGGCCCGCCUAUUCAGGACGUCAUUUUGGUUUUGAACACGGCCGACUUCUGGUCCACGAACACCACUCAGCUCGAGGAAAGUAUCAAGAAACGUAUCGAUAACAACCUCUCGGACAAGGUCGACUUUUCAUCACAGGCCGAUGCAUUCCUCGGUGUGGCCAGUGCUGCCGUCUUGACACUGGUUCGCAACGUCGAGAUUGCGUGCGAGGGCGCGUGGCGCGAAAUGAGAAACACGGGCUGGAGCACUAUGGAGAGCGUGGGCGACCAGAGCUCGUAUGUCGGCGAGCUUUUGUCGUCGGUGAAUGGGAAAACCGAAGAAAUCUUGGCCAUUGUGGAAAAGGGACACUAUGCGAGGGCAUUCUGUGACAAUCUCGUCGAUCACCUCGUCACCGCCUAUAUCAGCAACAUCGUCCAAUGCCGACCCGUGUCCGAAGUUGGCGCUGAGCAGAUGCUGCUUGAUAAGUACGUCUUGACCAAAGCAUUCGAGAACCUACUAUCGUACCACAACAAGGACUCCGCGCCGCACGUGCCGCCAGCGGGAUACAUAAAGCGGGUAAACCAAGCAAUAAACCGGAUAGAUCCCCUCCUCAAGACCCUCCAAGUCCGCCCGUCGCCGCCGGAGGGCCUGGUGCAGGCCUACCUCAUCCACAUCGGCGACCGCUCCGACACCAACUUCAAAAAGAUCCUCGAGCUCAAGGGCGUCCGCAAGGCGGACCAGGGCCACCUCGUCGAGCUCUUCGUCAUGCACCGCGAGGGCAACCUCAGCGACAAGCUCGUGCAGCAGUCGCCCCUGCUCACGCCGCUCAUGGCGACGACGGGCCUCGGGAGCUCCGGCCUGGGGUCCAUCGGCAACGCCAGCACCGCGCUCACGACGGCCAGCAGCGCCAUCCCGGGGCUGCAGACGAAGUUCGACGCCACGUCGCUGGGCGAGAAGCUGCUCAGCGCGACGAGGGAUCUCGGCCAGGGCGCGGGCGGCCCCGCGACCAUGAACGAGAACCUCAAGAACUUUGGCAAGUUCUUCAGGAGGGAUAUCGGGGGGUUCGGGGCCAGCUUCUACGACUUCUACGAUAAUAUGGCGCUGAGCGAUUGGUUCGACUGGGGGGGCCGGGCGAGCUUAAGAGGUGACGAGAUGGUGUUGACGGCGUCUUUGAUCUGGUGGAUCGCAGCAUUCGUCGUGCUCUCUCAGUGUAUCCGGUUCAUCACCUCACGACGGAUGAAGCAGAACCUGAACGAGAAAGGGAAACCCAGGGAGGAACCGAAACCAGCAAUCUUCGCACGCGUCCCUGUCCUCCUCACGGCCGUGGUAGUCUUGGGACUCUGCGCCGUGAUGAGAGUCUCAGACAUCGGGCACCAGCUCCCAUCUCACACCACCACAACAAGCAGCCCCGACGCCCCCCAAUUCACCGUCGCCGAGGACCCGGACACCGGCGCCCCUCUCAUCCCCAACAUAAGAGACCCGGAGGCCAAGGACCCCCAGGCCGUCUGCCCGGGCUACAAAGCCUCCAACGUCCAACACACCUCCCGCGGACUCACCGCAGACCUCGACCUCGCCGGUAAGGCCUGCAACGUCUACGGCAACGAGGUCGACGCCCUCCGCCUCGUCGUCGAGUACCAGGCCGCGGACCGUCUGCACGUCGAGAUCCUGCCGCGGUAUGUCGGGAAGGAGAAUUACACCUGGUUCGUGCUUCCCGAGGAGCUCAUCCCGAAGCCCAAGAAUGACGGCGGCGAAUCUGCUGCUGCUGCUGCAUCUGAUGAUGGAGAGUUGGUGUUCGGGUGGACGAACGAGCCGAGUUUCGGGUUCAACGUGACGAGGAGGAGUACCGGCGACGUGCUCUUCACGACGGUGGGCACAAAGUUGGUCUUCGAGGACCAGUUCUUCGAGUUCGCGUCGCCGCUGCCCGAGGGGUAUAAUCUGUACGGCCUGGGCGAGGUCAUUCACGGCUUCAGGCUGAACCGGAAUCUCACCAGAACUUUAUACGCCGCGGACAUCGGCGACCCCAUCGACGGGAACAUCUACGGCUCUCACCCCGUCUACCUCGACACGCGGUACUUCCGGACCGACACGGAUUCCGACGAGGCCGUCUACGUGGCCGAGCCCGCGGACAAGAACGCCAACUACAAGUCGUACACCCACGGCGUGUUCCUGAGGAACGCCCACGCGCAGGAGAUCCUCCUCCGCGAGUCCAACAUCACAUGGAGGGGCCUCGGUGGUACCAUCGACCUGUACUUCUACGCCGGCCCGACGGCCGACUCCGUCAUCGCGUCGUACCAGAAGAGCACCGUCGGGCUGCCGGCCAUGCAGCAGUACUGGACGUUGGGGUUUCACCAGUGCCGAUGGGGUUAUAAGAGCUGGGCCGAUCUGCAGGGCGUCGUGGACGAGUUUGAGAAGUCUGAUAUCCCGUUGGAGACGGUCUGGGCCGACAUCGACUACAUGAACCAAUACCGCGAUUUCGAAAACGACGAGGACAACUGGGGCUACGAGGUCGGCGAGGAGUUCCUGAGCAAGCUCCACGAGAGCGGGCGGCACUUCGUCCCCAUCGUCGACUCGGCCAUCUACGCCCCCAACCCGGACAAGAAAGACGACGCGUACCCGACGUACGACCGCGGCGUCGCCGCUGACGCGUUCGUCCUCAACCCGGACGGCUCGCUCUACGUGGGCUCCGUCUGGCCGGGGUACACCGUCUUCCCGGACUGGGUCGGGGCGGUCCUGGGCAAGAGCAAGACGUUCGGGUGGUGGAAGACGGAGCUCGAGACGUGGUUCGAGAGGGUCAAGUUCGACGGCAUCUGGAUCGACAUGUCCGAGGUCUCGUCCUUUUGCGUGGGCAGCUGCGGGAGCGGGAGGCUCGCGGAGAAUCCGGUCCACGUCCCGUUCCAGCUCCCUGGGGAACCGGGGAACGAGGAUUAUUCGGACCCCGAGGGCUUCGAGAAGACUAACGCCAGCGAGGCCGCUUCCGUCUCCGCGCUCGCAUCCUCCGCCGCCGCAGCAAAGUCCUCCGCUGCGGCCGUCCGCUCAACCAAGACGACGACGACCUCGUACCUCCGCACCACCCCGACGCCCGGCGUCCGCAACGUGAACCACCCCCCUUACGUCGUAAACAACAUCCACGGCGACCUCGCCGUGCACGCCGUCUCCCCCAACGCGACGCACCACGGCGGCACCCUCGAGUACGACUUCCACAACCUCUUCGGCCACCAGAUCCUCAACGCGACCUACCACGCCCUCCUCUCCGUCUUCCCGCGCAAGCGGCCCUUCAUCAUCGGCCGCUCCACCUUCGCCGGCUCCGGCCGGCACGCGGGCCACUGGGGCGGCGACAACUACUCGCUCUGGGCCUACCUCUUCUUCUCGAUCCCGCAGGCCCUCUCCUUCGGCGUCUUCGGGAUCCCCAUGUUCGGCGUCGACGCGUGCGGGUUCGCGGGGAACUCCGACGCGGAGCUCUGCGCGCGCUGGAUGUCGCUCGCCGCGUUUUUUCCCUUUUACCGGAACCACAACGCCAUCGACGCGAUCCCGCAGGAGCCGUACCGCUGGGCGGCCGUCGCGGACGCCUCGAGGCGGGCGAUGGGGGUCAGGUAUCAGCUGCUGCCGUACCUGUACACGGCCAUGCGGGGGGCGCACGCGGGAGGAGAUACGGUGAUGAAGGCGCUUGCGUGGGAGUUUGACGACGAGCCGUGGCUUGCGGGCGCGGAUCGGCAGUUUCUUCUGGGCUCGGCUGUUUUGGUUACGCCGUGUCUUGUGCAAGGAGCCAGUACGGUCGACGGGGUCUUUCCUGGUGUCGGGAGGGGGACUGUUUGGUAUGAUUGGUACAACCAGUCCGCCAUCACCGGUGUGGCCUCCGGGCAGAAUGUGACGAUUGACGCGCCGCUGGGGCACAUUCCCGUGUAUCUGCGCGGCGGGUACGUCGUUCCGACGCAGGAGCCGGGGAUGACGACGAGGGAGAGCAGGGCGAACCCGUGGGGGUUGCUGGUCGCGCUUGACGCUGACGGUGCCGCAAGGGGGAGUUUGUACGUGGAUGAUGGAGAGAGCUUGGAGCCGGAGGCUACGUUGACGGUUGAGUUCGCCGCUCUGGACGGCGUGUUGAAGGUUGCGCCUGAAGGGGAGUACGAGGACUCGAACCCCCUGGGCAACGUGACGAUCUUAGGAGUCGGGCGGGACGUAUCGAUUGUGACUCUUGAUGGGCAGGUCGUUGAAGGUGAUAAAUGGUCGUUGGACACGGCUUCUCGUGCUCUCAAAAUCCAUAGUCUACAGAGCCUGACGUCGAAGGGCGCGUGGAGCUCGGGUUGGACGCUCACCUGGUCUUGA